GGAGCAGCUGCUCCAACGGCCGCGCCGAAAAGAGGGCGGCUUCCCGGGCAGGCCCGCCGCUGCAGCCUGACUCGGAAGUGCGGAGAGGGGUGUUGGGAACUCGGGGCGCGCGAGAACGCCGCCGCCGCCCGGGACAGCCCGGAGGUGGGUAGCUGGUGACCGCAGCGGGUCCCGGGGACGUUUUAGAGACUCUCACCCUGGGCAUCGGGACCACUUGUCACGAGAAGCAAUGCUGCCUCCGUGGGAACUGUCUUUUUACGUGCUCGCGUCACUAGGCUUCCACUUCUACUCUUUCUACGAAGUCUACAAAGCCUCCAGAGAACACGAAGAGCAAUUGGACCAAGAAUUUGACCUGGUGAUUGGCACUUUGUUUGGAGGAUUAAAGAAGGACCGGACUGACUUUGAGUGGAGCUUCUGGAUGGAGUGGGGGAAGCAGCGGCUGGUGUGGCUUCUCCUUGGCCACCUGGCUGUGUCGCAAAUGGCCAACCAGAUUGCGAGGAAGCACAGACCCUGGAUCCUCACCGCCUACGGAAUGUGGGCCUGCUGGUGUGUGCUGGGGGCCCGGGGAACAGCCAUGAUUUUUCUCCACACCAUCGUUGCCUUCUGCGUAGCCCAGUUCCGGUCGCUGUUCCUAUCCUGGCUCUGUUCUCUCCUCCUGCUCUCCACACUGAGGCUGCAAGAUGUGGAGGAGAUGAAGAGAGGGUGGUACAAGACAGAAAACGAGUACUACUUGCUGCAGUUCACGCUGACCGUUCGCUGCCUGUACUACACCAGCUUCAGCCUCGAGUUCUGCUGGCAGCAGCUGCCCGCUGGGCGCACCUUCUACUCCUUGCCCUGGAUGAUGGCCUACGUCUUCUAUUACCCGGUCUUCCACAACGGGCCCAUCCUCAGCUUCCCGGAGUUCAUCGGGCAGAUGCAGCAGCAAGAGCCCUGCUCCCUGAAGAUGAGCGUCUCCGUCCUCGCCCGGGGGCUGGGCCGCCUCUUCUGCUGCUGGUGCCUGGCCGAGCUGAUGGUUCACCUCAUGUACAUGCACGCCAUCUACGGCAGCGCCCCGCUCCUGAGGACCGUCUCUUGUUGGACCUUAGGAGGACUGGCGCUGGCCCAGGUGCUCUUCUUCUACGUGAAGUACUUGGUGCUCUUUGGCAUCCCGGCCCUGCUCAUGCGCCUGGACGGACUCACGCCGCCGCCCCUCCCGCGCUGUGUCAGCACCAUGUUCAGUUUCACGGGCAUGUGGAGGUAUUUUGACGUUGGACUUCACGAUUUCUUGAUCAGGUACGUGUACAUCCCAGUGGGCGGGUCCCAGCAUGGUCUGCUGGGGACGCUGUUUUCCACCGCGACGACUUUUGCAUUUGUGAGCUACUGGCAUGGUGGGCACGACUACCUCUGGUGCUGGGCAGUGCUCAACUGGCUGGGAGUCACCGUGGAGAAUGGAGUCCGGAGGCUUGUGGAGACCCCGUGCAUCCAGGACAGCCUGGUGCAGUUCCUCUCCCCACAGGCUCGCCGGCGAUUCCACGCGGCCCUCGCCUCUUGUUCCACCUCCAUGCUGAUCCUGUCCAACCUGGUGUUUCUUGGGGGCAGCCAAGUGGGGAAGAUCUACUGGAACAGGAUCUUCAUACAAGGCUGGCCGUGGGUGACCCUCUCUGUCCUGGGAUUCCUGUACUGCUACUCCCACGUGGGCAUCGCCUGGGCCCAGACGUACUCCGAGAACUGAGGCCAUGGGCCCCGGCUGGCCUUGCGCUCGGCCUCCAAGGCAAAUGGUGCUUCUCCCUGCCCUCACGGCCCACGGUGACCUCCAAGGGGCCAGCGCUUGACCUGCUCCUCCUUUGUGGAAGGGACCUCACUCCAGGACUGGAAGAUUGAACUCUCGUAGAAAAUCGACAACCGGAGUCUCCACCGUCAGGGACACAGAGAUCAUCUCCCCCCACCAUCCUUUUCCUGUUGAGUGAGCUGGGGCCCAGCUGUAGCGUCCUGCCCAUCUGCCCGUGGUGACACUGUGGUCCCCAGUGCCCAAAGGCCCUCUGGGUUUUUUCUCCUUUGCUAAGAAUUAAAAGUAAUGGGCAUUUUUUGACUGAGGCCCAGAAAUCCUGACUGGUGAUAGGCCUGUCCUUCACUGGGCAAUAUUUCCAAAACAUUUUGGUGGCAUUUCCGUGCCCCCCUCCCCCAUGCCCUGCAGUGUGGUCUCAGUAGGGAGGGGGCAGAGUCGCAGCCGUGUUUCUAAUUACCCGGUAAAGUGAUAGAGUGUGUUCCGUGACACUCCAAGGAGCCCGCACCCAAGGAGACCUGUUUUUGGAACUUCAUCGUGGCGACCUACACUUGGCUGCUCGUUCCCUGGGUUUGCAGAGCAGUCACCGUGCAGUGCCCCUACCAGACAGUUCAUCACGUCCACGGAAGGAAGCAGAGUUUAGAAACCAGGGCACAGCGCGCUGCGGACAGGUGCUAUCAGGAGAGUCAUGAAGGGUAAGGAUGGCUUCCCGGGGCCUCCUCUCCCCACCAAGUCCCGCUGCCGUCUUCCCACUCAGUGGUUCGCAUUCAGUGCUUUAUACUGCUUGGUUUUGUUUCAAAUAAAGUGGAGCU